UCCCGGGCACUGGGGAUGCCAGGUUCUGAGUGUUGGGACACAUAGACACGCAGACACGCAGCGCUCGGGGCCCUCAUAUGGACCCUGCUCCGUCCCCUCCCAUCGUCCAGGGCUGUCCGUGCACCCCAAGGCUCCAGGCUCUAGCUCCCUUCUUAGCCUAGGACCUGCACAACCGGGAGCCAACCUCAAGACUGUCAGCAAGUCCAGUCAGCCCUACCAUGACAAAUGACUAUCAAGAUCUUCAGCAUCUGGACAGCGAGGACAAUGACCAUCAGCUCCGACAAGGAGUGCCGGGGUCCCUGGGACCAUUGGGUCCAGGGAUUAGACUUCUGUGAGGAGGCUGUGGGACCAAGUACCCAAGGAGGUGUCACGGCCCCCGCAGCCGCUGUUCCGGAGGUUCUGCUCGGGACCCUGCCUCCUCCUGCUCUCCCUGGGCCUCGGUCUCCUGCUGCUGGUGGUCGUCUGUGUCAUCGGAUCCCAGAACUCCAAGCUGCGGGGGGAGCUGCAGGCCCUGAGAGAGACUUUCAGCAACUUCACGGCGACCACGGAGGUCGAGGUCAAGGCCUUGAGCAGCCAGGGAGGAAAUGUGGGCAGGAAGAUGAAGUCGCUCGAGUCCCAGCUGGAGAAGCAGCAGCAGGAUCUGAGCGAAGAUCACUCGGGCCUCCUGUUCCACGUGAAGCAGUUCGUGUCGGACCUGCGCAGCCUGAGCUGUCAGAUGGCUGUCCUGCAGGGCAACGGCUCGGCGAGGACCUGCUGCCCCGUCAACUGGCUGGAGUACGAGGGCAGCUGCUACUGGUUCUCCCGCUCCGGGAAGCCCUGGCCGGACGCGGACCGGUACUGCCAGCUGGAGAGCGCGCACUUGGUGGUAGUCAACUCCCGGGAGGAGCAGAAGUUUGUCCAGCACCACAUGGGGCCCGUGAACACCUGGAUGGGCCUCACGGACCAGAGCGGGCUCUGGAAGUGGGUGGACGGGACGGACUACGAGACGGGCUUCAAGAACUGGAGGCCGGAGCAGCCGGACGACUGGUACGGGCACGGGCUCGGAGGAGGCGAGGACUGCGCGCACUUCACCGACGACGGCCGCUGGAACGACGACGUGUGCCAGAGGCCCUACCGCUGGGUGUGCGAGACGCCGCUCGAGCCGGCCAGCUAGGAGACGCCCCUCCCCUAAUUUAUUUCCUCGAUGCCUCUGCCGGCCGCGUGAACCUCCCGUGCCCGGGUCCUCCUCCACCGCCUGGUGGUGGGGGGCGAUCUAGGGUUGCAAAGGAAGGGGAAAGGCGACUUCCGAGGAGCAUACAGUCACCUUUGGAGGGGCGGGGAGAUGGAAACCCUGUUACCAGCGGCAGCCUGCUGGGUAUGGCCAACCUUUUUUAGAGUAAAAAGAACAGAAAUAUUCUAAACGCG